CUCUACAGAAGUUGCUGUGAACUCGACUUGGAAAAUAGGACCGUUAGAAUUACGCAUAAUGUUUCGAAGGGCUUUAAUCCGGCAGUCCCAGGCCGCAAGGUCCGCCUUCACGACCCGCUCCAUUUCGAGCUCUCCUUUAUCCCGAAAACAACCACUCUUACAGACUUUCACACAGUUCGGAAAGCCUUUACCUUCAAGAGUAUGUCAGAGGUUCAAUUCCACGGAGUCGCAGCAGAAGAACGCAGAAAACGCUUCCGCGGAUGGAAAAAACGGAGAGCAAAAGCCAUCCGGAUCCCAAUUAUCGGAAGCCGAAGCUACUCUGCGAAAGGAGGUUGAAAAGCAGGAAAGGGAAAUCAUUGACUUGAAGGAUAAAUAUCUCCGCUCCGUCGCCGAUUUUCGUAACCUUCAAGAACGCACAAAGCGAGAUGUUGAUGCUGCGCGAUCGUUCGCUAUUCAACGCUUCGGAGCUGAUUUGAUUGAGUCAAUUGAUAAUUUUGAGCGUGCUCUCGAAGCUGUUCCGUCUGAAAAGCUGAACAACGGUGAAAAUAAAGACCUGGCUGAUCUUUAUGAUGGCCUGAAGAUGACAGAAAAGGUCAUUAUGAAUACUUUGAAAAAGCAUGGUCUGGAGAGGUUCGACCCUAGCGAACUGGUCGAGGGCAAACCGCAGAAGUUUGACCCCAAACUUCACGAAGCGACCUUCAUGGCCCCGGCUCCCGGAAAGGAAGAUGGGGAUAUCCUUCAUGUCCAAACAAAGGGUUUCAUCCUCAACGGCCGCGUCCUCAGGGCUGCCAAGGUUGGCGUUGUGAAGAACGCUUAAGUUCACAUCGAGAACAGCAUCUUCCUUUCAAAUCUCCAACACCUCGCAAAUGUCUAAUAAUGUGCUAAGCCAGUCUUGAACAAUCUUUAGUUCUGGGGCUUGUAUUCUGAAUGUAUGUCCUAUACUGCGAACGACUGGGUACUCGGGUUUCAUUCGCCGCCUGUACACUAUCUUCUUGUACAUUUGGAGAAAAAAAGGUUCAGCGUGGUACGGCGUUUACUGUGGAAGGUUCUUCUCUUUUCAUGGUUUAUAUAUGUUGCACAUAUUCCCUUUGUUUAUUCUUGGUCUGGUUUCUUCAUCUCCUCUCCCUGUUGU